GGAUCCGGGGAUAUAUUUUUGGUUGCUACCAAUUCAUCAUCAUUUAUUGUUCAAAAAAGUCAUCCAUUUUCAGAUACUAUACCACAUGAUAUCCUAAACAACCUUUUGAAUGCGCCGGACAUAUGUACAAAUCGGAUGUUCACGCCUCGUGGUGGACGGUGCCGGACAUUUGUCGGCUGAUUCUGAGGGCUUUUUUCCGGCGGUUAUAUCUGUUGCUGUAUCUGCCGCUUUCCCUCCAGAUUUCCCUCCAAAUUUCUACUCCUUCCUUCAACAGACACCAAUCCAAUGUCCCAAUUACCACAACCUACCGGUGCCGCAAUCACAGAAAGCGCCGUCCCUAUUCGUGAGAGAAUGGAGGCUCUCGUCCGCCGCAAGCAAAAACAGAUCUGCGACGGUAUCGAGGCGUUGGAAACCUCUGAAAAGACCUUCGGUGCAGACUCUUGGCAAAGGGGCAACGAUGGUGGUGGUGGUACCUCGUGCAUCUUGCAAAACGGUGACGUGUUUGAGAAAGCCGGUGUGAACAUCUCUGUGGUGUACGGCGCCUUGCCCCCACAAGCCAUCGCCCGUAUGAAGGUGGAUCACAAAAACUUGAAGGCAUCAACCGAAGACGGUUCUGUCAAGUUUUUUGCCUGUGGCUUAUCACUUGUGAUCCACCCGCACAACCCGCACGCGCCAACCACGCACGCCAACUAUCGCUACUUCGAGACUUGGAACGAAGACGGGACUCCCCAGGCAUGGUGGUUUGGCGGUGGUGCAGACUUGACUCCAAGUUACUUGUAUGAUGAGGAUGCCGUUUUGUUUCACACCAAACACAAGGAAGCCUUGGACAAGUACGACACCACCUUGUAUCCACGGUACAAGAAGUGGUGCGACGAGUACUUCUAUAUCAAGCACAGAGAGGAAACCAGAGGUGUAGGUGGGAUCUUCUUCGAUGACUUCGACUCCAAACCGGCGGAUGAGAUUCUCACCAUCAUCGACACCUGCAUCGACGCGUUCUUGCCGUCUUACGUGCCGACUUUGCACAAGAGAAUCAACAUGCUCUUUACCGAGCAAGAGAAGCAGUGGCAGCAGGUCAGAAGAGGCCGCUACGUUGAAUUCAACUUGGUGUUAGAUAGAGGCACCCAGUUCGGCUUGAUGACGCCAGGCUCCCGCAUCGAGUCCAUCUUGAUGAGUUUGCCUAUGACCGCCGGUUGGUUGUAUGACCACCAUCCAGAAGAGGGCUCUAGAGAGGCCAGAUUAGUUGAGGUUUUGAAGAGUCCGGUUGAGUGGUGUUAAUAAUUGGUUAUAUGAAUAGAUAAACGAAUAAACGG